UCGAGUGUUGGAGCCCUUGCCUACACCCAACCUGAAAUUCCACUAUUAGAAAGUCAUUUGCUUGGGACGGCACCCGCCGGUUUUCAGGGGUCUCCCAUUACAACGUUUAGCCCCGAGCGGGAUGAAUGGGCUCAAUGCGCAUAUAAAGGCUGGGGAGGAGCGAUCAGAAAGGAAUGGAAUUCCAGUCUCCCGCAGGUGGAGGCCAGCCCCGGGGCCGGCCCGGACCGGGAGGAGUAGGACUGGGGAGAGGGCAGAGGUGGGGCCCCGUGACUCCACCAGGAAGCUAGGGUCCAAGGACCAAGCAUUUCCCUGUCCCACCCUGACAGCCGGAACCUUCGGCGCUGAAACCAGCCGGCGACAUUCCGGGAGCCCCAGAGGCAGCCACCAGGCUGGUGGACCCCACAGGAGCCCCAGAGGACAGCAAGACCCCAGGGCGGAGCCAGCUGAGCCCACAGCCGCUGGUGGCCAGAGCCCUGGGGGAGGCCGGGCCCAAGACCCCACUGGAGCAGGUCACCCGGGAGCGGGACGAUGCCAUUGCCAAGAAGCUGGCAGUAGAAGCCGAGCUGGGCAUCUGCAGGGCCAAACUCCAAGCCUCGGAGAAGCAGUUGCUGGAGGUGGUGGCAGAGAAGCUGAAGCUGAUGGAGGAGAUCGAGGCCUGGAAGGAAGACAUGCAGGAGCUGAUCCGCCAGCAGAUUCACAGGCAGCUGCAGAGAGAGGGCAGGGCCGCUGCCUCCGAGCCCAGAGCCCCCCGGGCUGGCCUGACCUCCCAUUUCUCCCAGUGGCAGUGGAGAUGGCGGAGGUGAGAGGGCUGGAAGUAGCGCUAGUCAGCAGACUCUGAAGCUCUGGCCGUGGUGUCCACUCCAGGUAGCCGCUGGGUUUGAAGCGUGGCCGGCCCAUGGUCCGCAUUUCCAUCCUCCCUCACGGUGGAGCUCUGUUCAUCCCUCCCCUGAGCCUUCCCCUUCUUCCAGAGGGCCAGGCCUUUUCCGCUCUCACCCCCGAGGCUGGGGCUGCCUCGGCCUCUGUGUGGGGAAGAUCUCGGGCUCUUUGAGCCUGUGUUUGAGAAGUCUGGAGAGGAGCCAGUACUCCCCUCUGUGGUCCAGCCAGACUGGCUGGAAAAGGAGGUGGCACCUCAGAGGACCAAGAUGGGGCCAGGAGAGGGUUCUUGGAGCUGGAGGAAGUCCCUCGUGGUAUCUCCUUGCUGGAACAGGACUUCCGGGUUGAUCUGUACUAAGUUCUGCCUGUCGUCCUCCACCAGAUGGGUGAGAAGGAACAGCUGUGCCCUGGAGAGUUGAGUGGGAUGAUUUGGUAUCCUGGCUCAGCUGUUGAGCCUCUCCUUCAUCCUCUUAGGCCAAAUCUAGUUCCGUCUCUCCAAGUUCCAGGCCAGCUACGUAGAGCUUUGAAUUCCUUUCCUAACUCUUCUGGCUUUAUGUCUGUAUUUGUCCUUCCUCAGCCCUCCCACUUUCCUUAUUCCCUAUCUCCCAGCCACUGCCCUGGGGCCCCACGUUUCUCCUCUCUCCUUCCCAUGACCUCAAACUCAAAUAUUUGUCCUGUGCAGCCCCAUCUAUAGAGCCCAGAGAGGGGAAAGGAUUUGCCUAAGAAUUUUUAACUUUCCUAAAUGAAUCCAAGCUGGAUUUGAUAGAGCGACUCUAGAUACAAAUCUUAAACACAUAGACCUCUGAAAGGAUCUUUCUGCUGGAUAGAGAUUGGAGGUGGUAGAUUGCUGGCUCAGGCGUUAACUGAUGCCCUUCUGAAGGCUUUUAAGUGGUCGCCGAUGCCACCCCUCCUGUUCUCACUGCAGGGUUGACCAUGGAGAAGUGAUCUUCAGGGGGUAGUUCCUCAAACCUGGUAUUGAACUAGAAAUCCUCUACUGCUCAAGAACCCACAAUCUCCUCUCAGACUUUGUAGCAAGGUGGGGAGAACAAUAUACCAGAAAUUCCCCUCUGUUCCUACAGGACUACAUUCUCUGCUUCCAACUCCACUGAAGACUCAGAGCCCUAAUCCUUUUUUGACUCCAUGACCUGUCCUGGGGAUUUGAUGGAUCCUUGACACUGAUUGCAGGACUAUGGGACGCUUCUGACUGUCAAGAAGGCUGAUGCUCUGCCCUCCAGGCCCUAGUGGAUAAACCUCAUCUGCUACAACAUCUGGACCAUGGGCUAUGCUGAUUCCUCUCAUUCUGUUUCUGAUGAAGACCAAGGGGACCCAUCUAAACGGAGGCAGGAGAGCCUGCUGCUCAGUGCUCCUGGUCUCAGACUAGCUGGAAUCAUGGUUGCCUGGGCUCCUCCUUUGUUUCUGGGGCUUGAACUUGGAGUUAGCAGUCUCCCCAACUCCUUAUGCUUGUUGACCCUCCUCCGACCUGGGGGUGCCUACUAGUAGCCUGGGUAUUUGGCAAAGAAUCAAGCUGGUUCAUUCAAUAUUCAUUAAGUAAAUUAUGCUAUGUGCUGGGCAUACCAAGACAAAAUAAAAAGUCUGUCUGGCCUCA